GUUGAGAAAUGGAAAUGAGUCACCAAACCCGCCCAUAGGGUCUUUCCUCAAAAGUUCACCAAGGAUAUAAAAUGGCCAACCCCAGCAGCAUUUAGGAGCAUUUCAGGAUUUUUUUCUUCGCAGAUUCCUCACUGAGACAAUGGGAUUCCGUUUGCUGCAAGUCGUGUUACUUCUUUCUCUGCUUAUAUAUGGCUUUGCGUUGCCCUCAACAGAUGUUUGCCUGCAACAGCUGGAUGAGGGGCCCUGCGAUGGUGGUUCUCGGCGCUGGUAUUAUAACACUAUAACGCAGGAAUGCGAGGAAUUCCAAUACGGCGGGUGUCUCGGGAACGACAACAACUUCAGGACGUUCGAACAGUGCAAGAAAACGUGCUGGAGGAUCCCGAAAGUCCCGAGGUUCUGCAGACUGAGUCAGGAAGAGGGUAUUGGCCGAGCGUACCUGAGACGAUACUUUUUCAACAUGGCAACCAUGCAGUGCGAGCUGUUCAUUUAUGGAGGCAUAAACGGCAACGGAAAUAAUUUUGACAGCAUGGCUUCCUGUGAGGAGUACUGCAGGCCUCAGAGAAACAUUCCUCAGAUCUGCAAUCGCCCGCUAGAUAAAGGAACGUGUUUCGCCUCCAUACCGAGGUUUUACUUUAACGCGGCCUCCAGAUCCUGUGAAGAGUUCCAGUACACAGGCUGCGGAGGGAACAGCAACAACUUUAUCUCCAGGGAAGGCUGCACACGUGUUUGUGUCCAAGGAAUUCUUAUGAAGAGCAGAACGCAAGAACGCCGGAAAAUCAGACUGAAAAUAUCUAGUGCCAAUAGGCCACAGUUCUAGUUAUUUCUGUGCACUACUGUAUCACACUGAACAAAUUAUAAAUAUUUUUUCUUUUUAAAUGUUUUCUUACUUGAUAUUCAUAUGCUAAUGCUAUUUACUGUCAUUAGUUAAAAAAAUAACUUUUUGAAUAACUUUCUACAAAAUGGCAACAUUUUUAAAUUUCAUUUUUAUGGAAUGUGAAACAUGACAUAUGUGUUCUGUUUAAGUUAAAGAUAGCAGUUUAACAUACUGUAAUUAUAAUUAUUAUUAUGCGAGUAUUAUUACUAUUUUUACUAUAGUAAAUAUACUAUAUUAUGAGCACCCUGAGGAAUUUGGUGUCAGCUGGUCAUGCAUGUAUAUGUGUGUUAAAGAUUUGCUGUAUGAAGUGUGAGGGUUCCUGUGUACGUAUGUGUACUGUAAAUAUGGGACUAACUUUCCAGUAGAACCUGUAUUUUAAAGAAUUAUAUGAUUUAAACCUUUGAUAAAUGAUUCCCAGGGCACAAUUGUGUUUUCUGGCAGUUGACUUUU